AUGAAAAAGAGUUUGAGAGGAGCUCAGUAUGAACAUGUUUGUCAUCUUUCCAGAUUGUCAGACUGCAGCAUAAGAGGAAAGGGAUAUGCUGCUCUGGCCACAGCUCUCAAAUCAAACCCUUCACACCUGGAGGAGCUGGACCUGAGAGGAAACGACCCCCGACAUGCUGAACUGAAGCUCCUCACUGAUUUACUGCAGGAUCCUGCCUGUAAACUCAAGAGUCUGAGGGUGUUGGGCAGUGAUACAGCAGAUGAAGCCCUGGUGUAUCUGACUUCAGUUCUGGGUGGAAACCCCUUACUGCUGACAGAGCUGGACCUGAGAGGGAAGAUACCAGGAGACUCAGGAGUGAAGCAGUUCUGUGCUCUACUGGAGGAUUCACAAUACAGAGUGGAAAAACUGAGGCUUGGUAACUGCAGUAUAACGGGAGAGGGCUGUGCUGCUCUGAUUUCUGCUCUGACAUCAAACCCAUCACACCUGAAAGAGCUACAUUUGAAUGAUAAUGUAAUUGGAGACUCUGGUUUGAAGCAGAUCUCUACUCUACUCAGGAAUCCAGAUUGUAAACUACAAAGACUGGGGCUUAAGAGCUGCAGUAUAACAGAAGCGGGCGGUACUGCUCUUGCUUCAGCUCUAUCAUCAAACCCCUCAUCACACCUGAUAGAACUGGAUCUGGAUAAUAAUAAACUAGGAGACUCUGGUGUGAAGCAGAUCUCUACUCUACUCAGGAAUCCAUGCUGUAAACUACAGACACUGGGCUUGUCAGACUGUGGUGUAACAGGAGAAGGAUAUGCUGCUCUGGCCACAGCUCUCAAAUCAAACCCUUCACACCUGGAGGAGCUGGACCUGAGGGGAAACGACCCUGGACACUCUGAAGUGAAAUUACUAACUGAUUUAGUAGAGGAUCCUACCUAUAAACUACAGAGACUAAGGCUGUUGAGUAGCGGUGCAGCAGAUGUAGCCCUUGUGUAUCUGACUGCAGUUCUGGGUGGAAAUCCCUUACUGCUGACAGAACUGGACCUGAGAGGGAAGAUAUCAGGAGAUUCAGGAGUGAAGCAGCUCUGUGCUCUACUGGAGGAUCCACACUGCAGAUUCAAGAAAGUCAACCUCUGA